AUGGCGGAAAUCUGGAAGGCCCAGCAGAAACACAUCCCCUGUCUCCAGGACCCUCCAGGUUUCCAGCUGUAUACACAGACGGGGACACUGAAAAAGGGUGGUCAUGUGCUUCCAACCUACCGGUGUGCCAGAGGUUCGACCUCUUUGGAGAACUUUCACCUGCACAUGAACAGGUUCAUCCCAGGAACCCUGGCAAGUGACACCUUUUUCCAGGCCUAUCUGGUUGAUGGUCUUGCCAGGUGGAAUGAGGACAGGACCAUGACAGCAGAGGGGAUAGGAGGGCCACACUCCUACAGUGGCCUACUUAGGCAUGCAGCCAACCAGCUGUCAGAGGAGGUGCUUGGUAGAAAGCUGGUGGAGUACAAAACCCCACGGAAAUACACCGGAGAGCUUAUAGGUAUUGAAUACCUGUACAGCCAGAACAAUGUUGUCAUGGAGAACUACAAGUUGGCCCUGGCAACUCUUGAAACAGAGGACAUCACUGUGGCAGAAGGAGACUCCCUUUUUGAGCCAUUUGUAAUGGAGGAUCCAACUGUUGCCACCCUGGACACAAUUUGGCCCCCUCAACAGUCCACUCCAUCAGCUCCUUCUCCAUCAAAAAGACCUGCAGCUGUUAUUCCACCUCCAACUACUGCAACUGCAGUGCCUAGACCACCACUGAAGCAACCCUCCGCUUCCGUCACUGUUGCCACUAUGCAGAGUGUGGGAGACAUGCUGGAUCUAAUCCGAGCCUUGGUCCCCAGCUCCAGACCGACACUCCUCAAACUUCCCAGGAUGGGGCAAUGCUCUGCACGCAUCAAGGUCAGAGGUCAAAGCAUGUCCUAA